AUGCCACUGAUCUUGGUGAGCUGGAAGAUAUUGCGUGAUUGAAUAUCAAAGCAAACGCGAGAGGGCAAACUAGGGAAAUGGCCGAGGCAGCAGAAGCAGCAAGACCCACACAAGGAGUGAAGGAGCUUCUGGAGAACUCCAAUGGACAAAUUCACGAUCAAAGUCUACCAGAUAAGUACAUCAAGCCCGAGAUUGCCCGCGUGAGAUGCAACACUCCCCUGGCAGGCAUUCCCCUCAUUGACUUCUCCCAGAUCCAUGGCCAAAGCAGAAGCAAGAUCAUCCAAGACAUAGCAAAUGCGGCACAGGAGUGGGGCUUCUUCCAGGUGAUAAAUCACAGCGUUCCUCUGGCUCUGAUGGACGCCAUGAUGAGCGCCGGCCUCGAGUUCUUCAACUUACCUCUGGAGGAGAAGAUGGCGUAUUUCUCCGAGGACUACAAGCUCAAGCUUCGCUUUUGCACCAGUUUUGUGCCCUCCACUGAGGCCCACUGGGACUGGCACGACAAUCUCACGCACUACUUCCCACCUUACGGUGACGAACAUCCUUGGCCAAAGCAGCCACCCUCUUAUGAAAAGGCUGCAAGGGAGUAUUUUGACGAAGUUCUGGCACUGGGUAAGACAAUCUCACGAGCACUCUCCCAGGGUUUGGGACUAGAGCCCGACUUCCUCAUCAAGGCAUUUAGAGAGGGGAUGAAUUCCAUACGACUGAAUUACUAUCCACCUUGCCCGAGGCCUGAUCUUGCCGUCGGGAUGAGCCCACACUCUGACUUUGGUGGCUUCACGAUCUUGAUGCAAGACCAAGCCGGAGGGCUCCAGGUGAAGAGAAACGGGGAGUGGUACUCGGUGAAGCCGGUCAGGGGCUCAUUCGUGGUGAACAUCAGUGACCAACUCCAGAUCUUUAGCAAUGGGAAGUUCCAGAGCGCCGAGCAUCGCGUUGCCGUGAACUCGAGCUCGCAAAGGCUUUCGAUCGCCACCUUUUUCGAGCCCUCCGAGGACGUGGUUGUGGCGCCCAUCCCAGAGCUCCUCCUUCGCAACAGUGAGCCGCCGCGCUACAAAGAGAGCCUGUUUGGAACGUACCUUGGCAAGCAGUUCUCCAAGUACUUUGACAGCAAGAACACCAUACAAGCGCUUGAGAUUAAUCGCUAGAAAGUGGCUCAAAGCACAAACACGACAGCUCUUCCUCCAAACCCACAACAACUUUGUGCACUUCUUUUCUGAGAGAAUGUGUGAUUUCAUAUAAUCUGGUGAUGGUGAUCGUAUGGAAACGAGGGGGCCUUUUAAGAAAGCGUGCGCUUCCAACAGUCGAGAAUGUUUAGCUAGUGGCGCUUCCACCAAAUCACCUGUCCGCAUCCACGCGAAUAUAACCAAAUCUAAGUUCGUUA